AUGAAAAUUUCAUUAAUGAAAGAGGAAAGCAACUCAAGAAGUGCAUCAGCCAUUAGUUUCGAAGACAUUAGUGAAUUUGUCUAUAAUUCUCUAGUAUCUUUAGAAGGAACUAAUGAGCAAUACGAAAGUGAUUCAUCAGAGCUUUAUAUUAAUUUUGACAUUCAACUGUCACAAAAUAAUAAUGAUGAUAAUGACUUAUCAAUUGAAAAUGAUGAAAGAAGUUCAAAUAGUAUUUUAAAUCAUUUAUACAAAGUUCUUGAUCAGACACUUCUUACUCUAUCACAUAGUAAACUAAACAGUGAACUUUGGUUAAAAUCAGUUCACUCUAAUUUCAAGCCAUUAGAAAGUAUGAUCGAAGAUAUUAAAAAAUUUAAAGAAUAUAGGACUCAAAGAUAUUUGAACCAAAAUACGAUAUAG